AUGUCCUCCCCCGAUAGCCCUCGCAUUAUAGUGGUCCUUGGAGCCACGGGCAAUCAAGGAGCAGGUGUAGUUCGUGCUGUGCUGGAAUCUAAGACACCCGACGGCGGUCUUUGGCAUGUUCGAGGUCUCACGCGAGAUCCCAACUCGGAGAAGGCGAAGAAGUUUGUUGCCGACAACCAGACAAGUGAUCAUCGGCUUUCGCUCGUCCGCGGGGACGCCUAUAAUGGGUCUUCCCUCCAAGAUGCCUUUGCAGGCGCCUAUGGCGUGUUUGCAAUGACAUCCGAGACCCAAGCGGGAAGGGUUCUGGAGCAAGAGGAAGAUCUGAAGCAUGAAAUCGAGGCGGGUCGUCAGAUGGUCCGGGCAGCGAAAGCGUGUGGUGUCAAGCACUUUAUCUUCAGUAGCUUGCCAGAUAUGGUCAGCGUCACUGGAGGCCGGUACCCGAACAUUUAUCACAUGAACAACAAGCAUGAGAUUGAGAAAUUCGCACGGGAGCAGUUGAGCGCUGUGACCUGCCUCAUUCCAGCGGAUGGCGUUGUCCGAUUCCACAUUCCCAUCCCCAGUAGCCAAGUUGCACAGUGGACGGACCCAGUUUAUGACAUGGGCAUCUUCGCAGCCAAAGUUCUAGAGAGCGGCAUUGAAAAGACCCGUGGAAAGACAUACCUUGUGCUGAGCUCGCGAGUUACACCUGCUGAGAUGGUAGAGACAUUCACAAAAGUCACUGGUCAGCGCGCCAUCCACGAUCCAAUCUCUGCAGAGGAAUUUGGGGAGAGAACAGCUCCCUUCGUCGGGCCGGCUUUCAAGAGAGAUGCUACAGAGAUGAUGGAAUGGGCUGCCAUACUUCCGGCGGACAAGAUCUGCUACGGGGCCUAUGCAGAAGAUGAGGACCACUCCUUCGAGGAAUUAGGUCUCAAGGCGUCAUCGUUUGAGGAAUGGCUUCACCGCAGUGGCUGGACCGGUCCAGCAUAAUGGGAUGGGAAGAGCCAGUUGACUACCCUAGAAUCGCUGAGUUCGAG